AUGUCGCCAGUCUCACUCCCUUCCGGUUUCGAAUGGGGCUUUGCAACGGCGGCAUAUCAGAUUGAGGGCGCUGUGAAUGAGGAAGGGCGCGGCAAAUCAAUUUGGGAUACUUUUUGUCAUCUUCAACCAACAAGAACCAAGGGAGCAGAUGGAGAUAUUGCUUGUGACCACUAUCACCGCUACGAGGAAGACAUCGAAAGCCUGGUCAAAUAUGGAGCAAAGGCCUAUAGAUUCUCAAUCUCAUGGUCUCGCAUCAUACCUCUUGGGGGAAGAUAUGAUCCGGUCAAUGAGCCAGGCAUUGCAUUUUACAACAAGCUUAUCGACUCUUUGCUUGCGCGUGGCAUCACACCUUGGAUCACUCUGUACCACUGGGAUCUUCCUCAAGGCAUCCAUGAUCGAUACGGAGGUUGGCUGAAUGUUGAAGAAUCACAACUUGACUUCGAGCGAUACGCAAAGGUCUGCUACGAGCGCUUUGGAGAUCGAGUCAAGAAUUGGAUCACACUCAACGAGCCGUGGAUUGUCUCAAUUUUCGGCUAUGGCAAUGGAUGGAAUGCACCUGGCCGAAGUAGCACAAAUCCCAUGUCCACAGAGGGAGAUACGUCUACAGAGCCUUGGACUGUUGGAAAAUCCUUGAUCAUGAGUCACGCUCGUGCAACUGCACUGUAUAAUCGUGAUUUCCGCGACUCUCAAAAAGGAAAAAUCGGUAUUUCUCUGAACGGUGAUUACUACGAGCCUUGGGAUAGCAACGAACAACGUGACCAUGAUGCUGCCGAGCGUCGAAUGGAGUUCCAUAUCGGAUGGUUUGCAAAUCCUGUUUGUCUCGCAAAGGACUAUCCAGAAUGCAUGAGAAAGCAGUUGGGAGAUCGGCUACCUGGUUUCACGGAGUCGGAGUUCGCUUUACUCAGGGAGGCGGAUGUGGACUUCUACGGGAUGAACUAUUACACUUCUCAAUACGCCCGGCACCGUGAGGAAUCUCCGCUUGACACUGACUUCCUAGGUAAUGUCGAGGAACUACAAGAAAACAAGGAAGGCAUAUCGAUUGGAGAGAAAAGCGGCGUGUCUUGGUUACGGUCAACUCCUAAUCUUUUCCGGAAGCAUUUGACUCGGGUAUAUCAAAAGUAUGGGAAGCCCAUCUAUGUCACUGAAAAUGGAUGUCCAUGUCCUGGUGAAGAGAAUAUGACGUGUGAAGAAGCCAUCAAGGACGACUACAGGGCUCAAUACUUCGCGGAUCAUCUCGACGCGGUUGGGAAAUCUUGCUCUGACGGCUCUGACAUCAGAGGGUAUUUUGCAUGGUCUCUGAUGGACAAUCUCGAAUGGUCUGAUGGAUAUGGAGUUCGGUUUGGCGUUACUUAUACAAACUACGACACCCUGGAACGAACUCCCAAGCGAUCUGCUCUGCUUUUGAAAAGCAUGUUUGAUCAGCGCAUUGACGAUGUCCUCAGACGUGACACCAGUGAGAUACGUUUGGAUGAACCCAGGUCACAUAUUUAA